CAUUUUUUCUUCUUCUUCAUCAUCAUCAUCCUUUCUUUGACAAUUGGCAUUGACCCUUCUCUUUCACACACUAACACACUAACUGUGUGUAUAUAUACAUAAAUAUAUAUACUGCAGGAAUGUUUGUGUGCUUAAAAAUCUUGAAUAUUUUGGUUUGAUCCAGCAUUUUCAACUAUAUAUUUGUACAUUUUUGUGGUAUUUUUCUUACAGAUGAUUGUGGAGACGGCGUUGGAAGUACUGGUGCCGUCGUGGUGGGAGGUGAAAGUCACCGUUGCCGCCACGGCAUUCGUCAUCAUUUCUUACUGGUUCUUUGCAGUCGGCGGCGAUGCUAACGCUGGUGGUCGUGUUGCCGUCGAUGAUGAUUCUGGCGUCGUCGAUGAUAAAGACAAGAUAGGCCAGUUAAAAGGAGACCCUCCAACUAAUUCUGCAUAUAUAAUCAAGGUUGAACUGUUAGCUGCUAAAAAUCUUAUUGCUGCUAAUUUGAAUGGCACAUCAGAUCCAUAUGCAAUCAUCACUUGUGGCGCACAAAAAAGAUUUAGUUCAAUGAUCCCUGGCUCAAGAAAUCCUAUGUGGGGGGAGGAGUUCAACUUUUCUGUUGAUGAGCUGCCAGCAGAGAUAAAUGUGACAAUAUAUGAUUGGGACAUAAUUUGGAAAAGUUCUGUUCUUGGUUCAGUGACUGUACCUGUUGAAAAUGAAGGUCAGACAGGUGCUGUUUGGCAUACAUUGAACAACACAUCAGGGCAGGUUUGUCUUCACAUUAAAACAGUAAAACUCAAUAUCAAUUCAUCAAGGGGUUUGAAUGGCUGUGCUAAUACUCGUAGAAGGAUUGCUUUGGAUAAAGAAGGGCCUACUGUAGUUCAUCAGAAACCUGGGCCACUGCAAACAAUUUUUGAUCUCCCUGCUGAUGAGGUUGUUGAGCAUAGUUAUUCUUGUGCACUUGAGAGGUCAUUUUUGUAUCAUGGACGUAUGUAUGUCUCCUCGUGGCAUAUUUGCUUCCACUCAAAUGUAUUCUCAAAGCAAAUGAAGGUCAGUUCCACCUUAAGUUCUAUGCCCUAAAUUGGAAAUUGGAACCUUAUGAAUUUGCUCUUUGAAUUUUUU